AUGGUCGACCACGCGGCACCCGUGGCAGACGACCCGAUCACGUCCCAGGCGAGCUCUCACUUCCCGCUGGAGCCGAUCUCGGCGGACGUGCUUCUCCGCCGGGAGACGAAGCGGCGGGACGCGCUGAGGGAGAUGGGGCGCGUGAGGACCGGGUGUCGCGGGGUGGACGAGUAUGUCCUCGCGGGCGGGUUCGAGCGCGGGAGCGUGGUCGGGAUCAGCGCGGAGAACGAGCAGCUCGGGGUGCUGAUUUCGAUGCAAGCUGUGGCGAAGGAGGUCUGCGGCGGUGACGGAAGCGGCGAGUCGAGGGUGAUGGUGGUGACGGCGCAGCCUCCCCCUGCCGUACUGCCCACGUUGAGAGAUGCUGUUAAGGCGGAGUUGGCGGUUCUUGGGGUUCCUGCGGCGGAGGUGAAGGGGAGGCUGAGGUCUUGUCUGGAGCGUGUUUCUGUUUCUAGGGUGUUUGAUUUUGAUGGGUUGUGGGAGGUGCUUGGCGAUUUGGACAUUCCUCCCGGGAGUCCGUCUGCGGAUGGGUCAGUUGUUUCCGAGGACGAUGGCGGUGCGGCGACGUCGCAGGAAGAGGAUGUCGUCGAGACGGAGGCAGAGACGGUGCAGGAGGUGCUCGUGCUACCGGAUCUCAAGCCUGAACCCAGAUACCAUCCGCAGACAACGACAAAAACGGAGAUCGCGGAUAGCGACGAGGAGGAGGCCUUUUCGCCGCCGGCGUCUUCCUCGUCGGAGCUCUCGGAACUGUCACCGCCGCCUUCGUCAAUGGCCUCGAUGCUCGCUACACCUGAGCCGCAUGAGAAUCCCGAAGUUUCUGAUCACCGAGAACCAAGCCAGGAGAGGCAAAUCGUCGACGCAGAAGAGGAAGAGAUCUCGAUGGCUGCGGAAGAGCCAAUCGAAGACCAAAACACCAAGAUUCAAAGCCCCACGAAAAGAGACGAAAAAGCCUCUCCGCCGGACAUCAUCCUCAUCACGCAUUUCUCAGCCCUCAUGACGGCGCUCUUCACUCGUCUCGACCGCACAUCCGCCCACGACUCUCUGCAGUCGCUCUCGGACUACCUGCGCUAUCUCUCCCGCAGCUUAUCCAGCAGCCCGCUCAUCAUCCUCCUCAACAGCACCAGUUCGUCGAAGAGCAAGACCCUGACGCGACCGGAUCCCGCCAUGGACCAAGGCGAAGCGCAGCCACCACCGGCGGGGGAUGGAAGUCCCGCGAAAAACAGCGUAAGACCAAUCGACCCGUCCCUCUGCUCCAUCUUCCACCCGCCGCCGCUCGAUAUCCACGGGUACAACAACCAAACGCUCUCGCGACGGAACAAACCCACCUUCGGCCUCGUCUUCUCGCAAUUCCUCGAUCUGCAUAUCCUGUGCACACGGGUCCCGAGCACCAAGGAGGACGGCGAGAUGGUAUACGCGGAGGGCAGGGACGACGUCGGGUUCACGUGGGUCGUGGAGGUCCUCCUCGACGAGAUGGGCGUCUGGGGAGAGGAGGGCCCUCAAGGGAGCCGGAGGUGCAGGGAGCAGAGGUGGACGCCGGUGGAGGUCGCGGGGGGCAGGGUCGUGGACGCGUUUGCGGGCGCCGCGGAGAAGAAGAGGAAUGUCGGGGACGUCAGGACCGUCGGCGGCUUUGGCGGGCCCCGGGUGUGA